UUUAACAGUUAGAUUUAUUUUUAAAAAAAAAAUCUGUUGUAAAACAUUAAUAAUUUAAAUUAAGCGUUUUAAUUUAAAUAAUUUAUAGAUGACUUAUAAUUUGACCGGUUUAGUGUUGUAUUUUUGUUUUCCACUAUCUAUGACAUUGUUUCAAAUCUGUAACCUUGGUAGUGGGGGAUGGGCGGCAGUAUAUUUUUCUAAAAAUCUGUUCUCCUAAACCGUUUUAAUUUGAGGAUCGUUUUAAAAUCCACUUUGUUGUACCAGGUCAUUUAGUCUUAUGCGUCUAACAAUUGUUAAUGGCUUAUGGAAAGAGAAUCUUUAAAUGAAUGUAGUUAAAGUGUAGUUUACUCGGCUGAUUUUAAAACAGCCGACAAUAUUGUUAAACAACGAUGGAUUUUGAUCAAAACGGCUAGGUAAUCAAACGUAUUUUAAGUUUUAUAGAUGAUUUUGGCUGUGGUAGGUGUAGAGCUCGACGUCGGCCUAAACGCAUUAGUUCUUUUCAUAGGCUAUUUGUGUAAAUUUUCGACGUAAUUCUAAUAUUUAAGUUAUUUCUGGUUAUUUUAGUGUGUUUUAUAUAUAUUUUUGGUCAUUUAAUCGAGUUUAACCACUGCGUGUCGUCGUUGGAAGGACUAAAGUUGCUGCGUCAUUUCAUGGAGGACACUCCUUGUAGGCCAUGUUGAAUCGACACGGAGAAGGACAUCGCCUUUUGUCAGCUUUAGUGUGUUAGUUUUUUUUUUACAUUGCGUUCAUGGGGCGAUUAUACAAUAUUGUUUUUGGGUUUUAGGCGUGUGGUUGUUUUUUUCCCCCGUUUAAUUUUAGGAACGUAUCACGUGGUUGCUUUAGACUUUUGAGUUUAGGUAUUUUUUGGGGUUUUCCUCUUCUCACAUGCAGUAGAUCAGGAACAGACUGAAAGGCGAGGUGAUCUUUACGUGUGUGUGCCGCAUUUGUCUGUUACGCGUGACUAAUCGGGUGAGCCAAUGGCGUGUUUCCAACCUGCCCUGGGUGAACGCGCCUUAGUUUUGGGGAACCAAUCAGCGAAGUCCUUUGACGUAACACUCAACUCUUGAGAAACGCAAUAUUUCUGGAAAUGUUAGCGCAGCCAUAAGUGUUGUAAACUAUGCGCGAAAAUGUUUCGCUGUAUGUUGGUUAUAGUGGCGGUGUUGCCUAGACAAGUGUGUUUUUGCGAAAUAAUAUGAUUUAAACCCUCAAAUCGUGCUCCGGGGGAUGUGCGGGCGGGGCCUAUUUGACGGACAGAUCGAAUGGCCAAUAGAAUGCGCGUAGGUGUGUACGAAUGGCGUGACAUCAGCCAAUGGAGCCGUCGAUGGGUUUAUAAAAAGUCGGGCGGAGCCUCAACUUCGCCAUUUCAUUGUAGCGCUGAGCUGGAGGAUAGAGGAAGUCAGAAAAACAAGGCCGCGAAACUCGGAUACUCGAACGAAACCGGUUUAAAAACAGAAUCCGGAUCCAUCCCGAUGGAGACGGCCAUUAGCCCGCCCUUUGACAGCUCUUUGGGCGGGGGCGACGGCAUGCAGGGGCUCACGAUGAUGGAGCAGACCAUCUCCGGACCCGGCAAGCGCAUCCGCAAGCCGUCGCUGCUGUACGAAGGUUUUGAAGGACCUGCUCUGCCCCAGGUUCCCCAAUCCGGACCCCCUCAACCCCCUGUACGGGACCCCACUCGACAGGGCCGCAUGACCAACCAACUGCAGUUCCUCCAGAAGGCUUUACAGAAGACGCUGUGGAGGCAUCACUUCGCCUGGCCUUUCCAUGAGCCGGUGGAUGCUGCCAAGCUCAACCUCCCUGAUUAUUAUAACAUCAUUAAGCAGCCCAUGGACAUGGGGACCAUCAAGAAAAGACUGGAGAACAAUUAUUACCGCAGUGCCAGCGAGUGCAUGCAGGAUUUCAACACCAUGUUCACCAACUGCUACAUCUACAACAAGCCAACAGAUGACAUUGUCCUGAUGGCCCAGUCUCUGGAGAAGGCUUUCCUGCAGAAGGUUGCACAGAUGCCCCAAGAGGAAGAAGAGAUUCCCGCACCUGUCCCUAGGGGCAAACCGGGCAAACUUAAAAAAGGCCACAAAUCAAUUUCAGGUGGAUUCACGACAGCUCAUCAGGUCCCUGCUAUAUCUUCUGUAUCCCAGUCGGCCUACUCCCCUCCCACUCCAGACACCCCAGACUCGGUCCUGUCCACCCCACCGCAGAUGCUUAUAACCAAGACUUUGCCUCCCACUUCACAUAGCACCCCUGCGCUGCUGGGCCUGCCACCUACCCAACCUACUGCAAAGAAAAAGGGCGUCAAGCGUAAGGCAGACACGACCACCCCCACCACCACGGGCAUGCCUCUCACUAUGGGUGUAGGUGGCAUGGGUCUCGGCUUGGGUGGCGGUGACUCCCCGCUCACCAUCUCUGCUUAUAGUGCAGACCCCAAACAGGGUCUGUCCCUUGGCCUGAACCUAGGUCUUGGUGGAGGCCUGGUUGGAGACAAAGUUCCGGCGAGACGAGGUGGCAGUGGCAGGCCCAUCAAGCCACCACGGAAAGACUUGCCAGACUCCCAGAACCAACAUCAGCCAGUGCGGCGUGGGAGGCUGAGCCAGCAGCUACGAUACUGCAGCACGAUUCUCAAGGAGCUGCUGUCGAAGAAGCACACAGCCUACGCCUGGCCCUUCUACAAGCCGGUGGAUGUUUCCUUACUGGGACUGCACGACUAUCACGACAUUAUCAAGUGUCCCAUGGAUCUAAGCACUAUAAAGAGGAAAAUGGAUCAUCGGGAGUACCGGGAUGCAUUGCAGUUUGCCGCUGACAUCAGGCUAAUGUUUUCAAACUGUUACAAGUACAAUCCCCCAGAUCACGAUGUGGUGUCCAUGGCCCGAAAAUUACAGGAUGUCUUUGAGUUCCGCUUCGCCAAGAUGCCUGACGAGCCCCUGGAGUCCCUCCCACCUGCGUCCCUGGGCGGCGGCCUGGGCGGUCACUCCUCCUCUUCCUCCUCCUCUUCCUCCUCGUCAUCAGAGAGUGACGUGAGCAGCGAGAGCGAGAGCGAGAGCAGCCCGAGCUCCGACAGUGAGGAGGAGAGAGCGCAUCGCCUGGCCCAGCUUCAGGAACAGGUGUGUACACAGUUGAGGGCGGUGCACGAGCAGCUGGCUGCGCUGUCCUCUACGCCCAUCGUCAAGCCCAAGAAGAAGAAAGAAAAGAAAGACAAGAAGAAAAAGAAGAAGCCGGAAAAACACAAGAGGAGCAGGAGCAUGGUAGAGGAUGAGGUUGUCAUUCGGCCGCCAAAAACGCCAAAACUCUCCAAGACACCAAAGAGCAGGAGCAACAGCAAAGCAGCGACUUCCACUCAGGGCAAGAAGGGCUCCAGUAAGAAGAGCAACAAGAGCAAAUCCUCAAAGAAAUCUCAAGCUGCAUCGUUUAACCCCCUACCCAUGAGCCACGGUGGUCUUACGCCACACUAUGACUCGGAGGAAGAGGAGGAGACCAGCCCCAUGAGCUACGACGAGAAGCGGCAGCUCAGCCUGGACAUCAACAGGCUGCCGGGCGAGAAACUGGGCCGCGUGGUCCACAUCAUCCAAUCGCGAGAGCCCUCGCUGCGCGACACCAACCCAGAGGAGAUCGAGAUCGACUUUGAGACGCUCAAACCGUCUACGCUGCGGGAACUAGAGCGAUACGUCAUGAUGUGUUUACGAAAGAAACCACGGAAACCUUAUGUGGCAGUCAAAGGUGCUGCGGGUAAAUCUCGUGAGGAGUUGGCUCUGGAGAAGAAGAGAGAGCUGGAGAGAAGACUACAGGACGUCAGCGGCCAGCUUAACUCCGGCAAGAAACCACAGAAAACCAAAGUGGAGAAACCCACUGCGGUGGAACCCCAUGCCAUGGCGUCUCGUCUCAGCGCCAGCAGUUCCAGCUCAGACUCCUCCUCAUCGUCAUCCUCUUCCUCAUCCUCUGACACCAGUGACUCAGACUCAGGCUGAACCAAUCAAAAGAAACAGACAAUAAUUAAAACACGCACUCCAUCCUAGAAUAGAAACAACUAGUGAAAGAGAGAGAAAUAUGAAUAAGGAAAAGCAGGCUUUCUCUUUAGAUGUAUAGAAGCAGUGUGAGGUCAAAGAGAAUUCUGGGAAAUGUUGGACGGAGAAGGAAGUGAUGGAAAAGCAGACCGGGGCAUCCUUGUCUAAUUUGGGACUCAUUUCCGUUAGGCCAUCCUUCUUUACCUUGUGUAUAUAUAUGUACAAAGAUAUAUAAAUAUCUAUUUUUCUUUUAUAAAGAAGAAUUUUAAGCAAUUCCCUGGUAGGGAAGAAAACAAAAAUCUGACUUUUUCUUUUGUGAAUCUUCUUUUGUGUUGCUUUUUUUUCUCUCCCUCUUUUCGUUUGACCUAUUAGUUGUUUGUCCUAAAGAAAACAAAAGGCUUGGAGUGGAAACUACUGUCACUUUUGUUUGCAUGAGCGAGUGCGUGAUGUGUACGUGUGCCAUUGAAUCCAGUGGUUUUCCCGCCCACUCCGAGUAAUUUACACACUUUGCACAUACGUGGAUGUGUGGCCGCUUGGUUGUGCAUUUGAAUGAAAAAACAAAGCUCCACCUAUUCAAAUGGCAUCUGUACAUCUUGAAGUUAGGAGAACAUGAAAUGACAUCAUCCAUCUCUGUUCGAUGGGCGGCAUGUUGGCUUUAGUGGCGUCUUAAAACUUGAAUCUGAUCACCUCUCCAUCCAGCCUGCUUUAUUCCCCAUGGUCAAAUGAAUGGGUUCAAAUCUGCAUUAAACGUACAGAAUCGUGCUCUUAGAAUUCAGCUGGGCUACAUGAGCAUUUGUUUUUCUGGAUGCUUAAAUUAUUUUUCCGUUCGUGUGGUUUCGGUCAGGAUUUCAAGAGCAGAACAGAGUCUUAGAUGCACUAUCAGAAGCUGCUUAAUAAGGUGUUGAUAUGAGUACUGUUUUGUAAAUCUUGGUUUUUGAGUUUUAGUCUGGUUUUGUUUGUUCUGUUUUAGUGUGUUAAUUAUUAUUUGCCCAGAGAAUUAAUGCACAAUUUUUGAUUUUUUUGAUUUUUUUUUAACAAAAUGACCCUCACAUUCAGAAAUGAAAUGCUUGGAAAUAUAGUUUCAAUAUCAUAACACAUGCAGUUACACAACAACAAAACAAUUUAAAAUUUGUAUUUUUUCUUCAAAAAUGUGUACAUAUGUAAGUUUCAUGACCUCGCAGCUUGCAUCUGUCAUUAUGACCUGAUUUCUGUUUCCUGUGUUAUUUUUUUCUUUUUUUUUCUUUGUUUACUUCUGUCUUCAGCUCUUCUGUUUAGUAUUGUGGCUGGUUUUUUCCACAGCUCAUUCUGUUUUUUUAAGAAAACAACAAAACAUAACGAAAUGAAACCUCACGCUAUAAGCAUCAUCUCCACAGAUGCUUCAUGCGACCGUAGUUCUCAUCUGAAAAAUGACACAUUAAUAAAGAGGGUGAGAUGUUCUUAAAACAAAA